AUGCGUUUGACUCUGCCGAUUGCUACACUCGUAGCCCUUGGGGCAUCCUCGUCCGUCUCGGCCUUUGCGGUCUUGGGUCCGUCAUCGAGCUCGCACCAUACAGCGGCUCUUGCCCGGACUUCCUCCAAGACAAGCUCCCGUCUGUUUAUGAGUGAACCAUCCGAUACGAGCACGGACGACACCUCCUUUAUUUACGCCAGUGACGGUGACAGCGAUGUCGUCGACACGGAAAGUUCGAAUUACACACCCACCGCUGGCGAAGCCAUGGUCUCCAACAUUAUGGACAUGAUGCCUCGUCAGCUAGGUGCUGACAAUGUCUCGGACGAAGCCAGAUCAGCGAUCAACGAAGCGCUCUACAAACUCGAAGCUCUUAACCCAACAACAUCCCCCACCGUCUCCCCUCUGCUCAACGGAGUUUGGGAACUACGUUACGUGGGCGGCUACUCUUCCGAUUGGGCCUUGCCUUCUCCCACACGCCAACUGGCUCUCUUUUUGUACUCCGGCGGAUACAGUCCCGGAACAUUCGCUCUCGCUUUGGCGCAAAAGUUGCCCUCCAGUGUGGUGGACGUGGGUGAUUUGGAAAUCGCCAUUUCGCGACAGCAGCCCCGCGUCGAAGCCACCGUGCCGGUCAAAAUAUUGGGCGGCGGCGAAUCCAAAAUAGUCGUGCAGGCCCGCCUCGAAACGAAAUCAGAUUUGCGGAUGCGCGAAACCUACGAGUCGGCCCAACUGGUGGGAAACAACGUCAUUGAAUUGCCCCAACCACUCCAGUACGCGCGGGAUUUGUACGUCACGUACGUCGACGAAGACUUACUUAUUGUGCGUGACGCCUCGGGUGUUCCCGAAGUCCUCGUACGCAAGGAAAAGACCUUUUCCAAAGUCUGGGGCGUUGAACCUGGACAAGCCGAUCUAGAUGGAGAAGGACCGUCCGGGGUGAGUGAGUUUUAAGCCACCAUCGCACAGCUCAGCGCAGUAUCUAUCUUUAGGAAAAG